AUGCAUCAAAAGAACAUUUUGUUUGUUACAUCCUUAUUAUUAGCAUUCUUCUUACAAGCGUGUUUGGCAAAUGGUAUAGUAGACAUCAGUCAGCCUAAUAUUACAAUUGCUGCUGAAAACAACGAUGAUGAUCUAUAUGUAGAUAACCCGGUAAAGUCUUUUUUUUUGGCCAUUUCCAUGAUUAUUGUCUCUGAAAUUGGUGACAAAACAUUUAUAAUUGCAGUUUUAAUGGCUAUGCGUAACUCGAAAUGGACUGUUUUUUUUGGAUCUGCAUCUUCUUUGGUUAUCAUGACUAUUUUGUCUGGCAUCUUAGGUCAUUCUAUAACAACACUGAUUUCAGAAAAACCAGUUACUUUACUUGGUGCGUUAUGUUUCUUUUUGUUUGGUUAUGCAACCUUAAAGGAAGCUUUACAAAUGUCAAGUAGUACUGGUGUUGAAGAAACCAUGGCUGAAGUUAAGGAAGAAAUGUCCGUUAAAAAUUUAAACAAAGCUUUAAAUAACGCAGAGAAGGGUGGUGAUGCACGUAAAUCUGGUAUUAAUAGCUCCCGUUCUUAUUCGUUUAAUAAUGUUAUCAGAAGAUUUACAAAGUUUUUAUCAUACAUGUUCUCUCCAAUUUUUUUACAAGUUUUCGUUAUGGUAUUUUUGGGUGAAAUCGGCGAUCGUUCUCAAAUUAGUAUUAUUAUUAUGGGAUUUACUGACAAAUAUUGGCUUUGUAUAUUAGCUGCUUGUAUUGGAAACAUAUUAUGUUCCAGUAUAGCUGUCAUUGGUGGCAGCCUAUUGGCUUCCAAGGUUAGCAUGAAAACUGUUUCUUUAAUUGGUGCAAGUGUUUUCUUUUUAUUCGGUUUUGUCUAUAUAAUCCAUUUCCUUAGAUUUUAG